AGAGGGAAUAUGGACAGCGCCAGACUGCCGUUGGAACCAACACUGUGGCCGAAGGGAGGAAUUACAGCCGAUGAUUUAAAUGGAUGAGUGCACCUCGCCCCUUGAUCGCAGUCGGACUCUGGUCUCCUGAUAUACAAGCUAACUUACCGCGCUGUCAAAAAAGCAUCCUGCAAGUGUAUUUAUAAAGUAUUAAACCUGCGGUCAACUGCCUUGUAAGUUAUCCCGUAAGAAGCUGGUUAUAUAUGUCUUCGUGUAGUGACGGCUGAAUGUUGACAAGCUUGCGUUGUUUGAAUGUUUAUUCGCGUCGCCACGCUGCAAAUCAGCUCUUCACUCAAGUGCCCUAUUUACUGUCCUCAAUGUCUUCUGUAUCUGAGGAGCCGGGAGUGAGCCACACAAUGCGGCCUGCAGAAAACAACUGGAGACUGAACUACAUCAGUGGGGACCUGUUCUCCUGUCCUGAGGACGAAGCUUUGGCCCACUGCAUCAGUGAGGAUUGCCGCAUGGGGGCAGGCAUAGCAGUGAAAUUCAAGAAUAAGUUCAAAGGGGUAGAAGAACUAAAGGAACAGAAAAAGCUGAUGGGACAGUGUGCUGUACUGCAAAGAGGAAAACGUUUUGUCUAUUACCUGAUCACAAAGAAAAAGGCCAGCCACAAACCCACAUAUGACAGUCUGACACAGAGUUUGGAGGAUAUGAAGACACACUGUGUCAAGAAUACAGUCACCCGGAUAUCAAUGCCUCGUAUUGGUUGUGGCCUGGAUGGAUUGAGGUGGGAAAUGGUGUCAGACAAACUGAAAGAGGUCUUCAGAGACACAAACAUCUCCAUCACGAUCUACAGCCUUCCAGAGAAAGCAGAGACCACAGUCAUGAGGGAGAACAUGCGCAGAUGAUUAAUGGCAUUGCUUUUUUACUGUAAUGAACUUUUCUUUAUUUUUACCACAAUGUUGAUAAUUUUCCUUGAAUAAAAUGUACAUUAUUUACAAUGUUAAAAUAAAUUAUCCUUUUAU